AUGCUUGUUAGUCAUAAGAAAAAAGCUAGUCAGACAUUGUCCAUCAGUCUACACGAAACUACGCCUCAGAAUGCCAAGAAAAUUUUUUCUGUGAGCUCGAGUGGUAUCAAGGAGUGGGCUGCAAAUGGAUUUGAAUCCUUCGGAGAAUGGUCUAAGACUGAAUUUUCGGCUUCAGACUGUGAGGAUGGACCUGUCUUACCUGAAAUCAUAGUAGAUGAUGAGGGGUAUGCAAAACUUCCUCUUCGUGAUGGUAUUGGCCUCAAGGGCCAACACGAAUUGAUUAGAAGUAUCUUUCAUACUUCAUACAAAGUCUGCACAGGUGGCUCUAGACCUGUACCUUGGGGCGUGAUAACUGCCAGCCCGUCCAAUUAUUUGGAACCUGGUUCAGUUCCCACAGGAUUUGUGGUCAAAGACCCUUCUCAUAUGAAGACAGAGGAGGUAAAUCGUCUAUGGAUGCAUUGGGAACGAUGUUCUGCUACAAAUCAGAAGCUAGUCGUCUUUAUCAAGGCCAAGGAUGCUGAUAUUCGGGUCACUGGGAAGUCCAAGACGAAAGUAGUGAGCACCCUAGACUUAGAUGAAGAAGAUCAAGGCCAGCCAGCUCCAUUUGCCUCUCAUUUCACAGAACGUACAAUACAGCCGGCCACUCAUGAGACAACACCAGAUGAUGUUGCCAUCAAUGACCGAUACACAUUUUUAGAAACCCUCAGUAAGAAUGAAAACUACUUGGAGCUUGUGGACGCCACUAGGGACCUGGCAAUAUUAGCCAAACAGAAUCCAAUUUCAGAGCGACACCAAGAUUUGCCUACCUGGGCUGACUGGUCUUGGAAUGAAAAUUAUCUUCCCGAGGACAUUCACACCUCAUAUGCGACAUUGAUGGCCAGCUUAAACGAGCUACAGACCUGUCCAAUCUCAGGGCUAUCAUCGGCAAUGCCAGUAGUACUAGGAAUUGGGCUCCUCUAUAGGGAGUCUAAGUGUGUGAUAGAGUAUGAGGAAGACGAGGCUGAUCCCAAUACCUCUUUCUACCUACCUCAUUCUGCUAUUAAUCUACAGUUCUUGGUCGCUCUGGAUGAGGCUGUCUGGGAAGUCUUAUUCUCAGUCGUUGGUCAGAUUGAGAGGCUGAACAAAGAGAGACUCAGUGACGAGGUUGAGGAUGAGGAGAUGAGGAUGGUGGUAGAGAAGGAAAGGCAUGAGGUUGAGGAGAAGGAUGUUGAGUCAGAGGAGAAUGUAGUUGGGGGAGAAGAACAGCAGGAGCAGGAGGUUGAAGAGGUGGUGCAGAAAGGGAGAAAGAGAAAAAUUAACCAUGCUUCAUCAAGUAAGUCCAAGAAGCCUAGGACUGAGCCUGUGGUUGGUAGAUCAGGUAGAGCGAGGCAACCCUCUAAGAGAUCCCAGAAGAUAUGA